AUGCAUGACAAUGACAUUGUGGGCAGCACUUUGACAUUCUGCUGUGAGUUUCUGAAACCAGAAAGAAAAAAGAUUAUAGACUUCAAGAUCCACUGUGUUUUUAGCACUAAAUUGGCAACAGAGUGUCAGAGCGCUGGUCACCCUGGUGUUUUGGUGCCUUUCAAGUGUGACUUGAGCAAAGAGGAGGAGAUUCUGUCCAUGUGUGCAGCGAUCAAAGAGCAGCACAAAGGUGUGGAUGUGUGCAUCAACAACGCUGGUCUGGGUCACCCAGAACCACUGCUAAACGGCAAAACCAGCAGCUGGAAGAACAUCAUUAAUGUAAGUUAGAAAAAAAUUAAUCUUGCAUUGAUCUGCAGUUUUGUUUGAAAGAAGUGUUCACAGGAGUGGUUUCCAAGAAAAACAUUGAAGUGAAAUUUAAUAUCCUGUUGCAGUUUGUGUGGACAUCAUGUCUUUGAUUUUGCUGAUCUACAUUUCUACACCGCCACCAAGUAUGCUGUAACUGCUCUGACUGAGGGCCUGAGACAGGAACUGCGCGCUGAAAAGAGUCAUAUCCGAGCCACAAGCAUUUCUCCUGGUUUAGUGGCGACAGAGUUUGUAUCACGGGCCCACAAUUCUGAUGACGUGGCUGGCAUAUAUGCCUCAUUUAAGGCUCUGCAAGCAGAAGAUCUUGCCAGUGCUGUCACGUACAUCCUCAGUGCCCCUCCUCAUGUUCAGGUUUGUGAUUUUUCUCUUUAUUUUCAGUCCUUUCUGUUUUGA